AUUUUUUAAAAGUAAGAUUUAGAUUUUCAUCAUUUCCCUCCAAUUCCAAUUCCCACUCGCACUUUUGAGUUUUCAUUUUUAAAAAAAAAAAAAAGAUAUUUUUCCCUUAUCCUUAAGUCGAUAAUUAUUGUUUUGAAAAAGAAAAAAAAAUCAUAGAAAUAAGAAAUUUUCCUUAGAAGCAAACAAGAUAUUUAUAAAUCUAUUACUCUCUCGUUUCUAGGGUUCUUCAUAGCCUCUGUUUGUUUCCCGAGAAAGUUUCUAGUUUCUCGUUUCAGGCUACUUUGGCAUGGAUUCGGCAACACAAACUUUCCAACACCGCUCAUUGCCAAUCAAAUUAUGGCCCCCUAGCCAGAGUUCAAGGUUGAUGCUUGUAGAACGAAUGACCAAGAAUCUUACAACUCCAUCCAUUUUCUCGAGAAAGUAUGGCCUGUUGAGUAAAGAAGAGGCAGAGGAGGAUGCCAAACACAUAGAAGAUAUUGCUUUUGCAACUGCAAGCCAAAACUUUGAGAAGGAGCCAGAUGGUGAUGGGAGUUCUGCAGUGCAAAUUUACGCCAAGGAAUCAAGUAAACUUAUGUUGGAAGUCCUUAAAAGAGGCCCCAGAAUAAAGGAGGAUAGAGAGGUUAUGAUAGCUAAUGAAACAAUCUUUGAUAUAUCUGGAGGUCGCAGGGCUUUUAUUGAAGCAGACGAGGCUGAGGAGCUUCUACAGCCAUUGAGGGGACCAAACUCAUAUACUAAGAUUUGCUUCAGCAAUAGAAGUUUUGGCUUGGAUGCUGCUCAUAUUGCUGAGCCCAUUUUGUUAUCCAUUAAGGAUCAAUUGACCGAAGUAGACCUAUCAGAUUUUAUUGCUGGAAGACCUGAGGCAGAAGCUCUUGAGGUCAUGAAUAUAUUUUCUUCAGCAUUGGAAGGUUCUGUUUUGAGAUAUUUGAACCUUUCAAACAAUGCCAUGGGCGAAAAAGGUGUUAGGGCAUUUGAGUCACUUCUAAGGUCACAGAGAGAUUUGGAAGAGCUUUAUUUGAUGAAUGAUGGUAUCUCAGAGGAAGCUGCAAGAGCAGUUUGUGAACUAAUUCCCUCCACUGAGAAGCUUAGGGUUCUUCAUUUUCACAACAACAUGACUGGAGAUGAAGGGGCAAUUGCUAUAUCUGAGAUGGUGAGAAGUUCUCCAGCAUUGGAGGAUUUCCGGUGUUCUUCUACAAGGGUAGGCUCUGAAGGGGGAGUUGCCUUAUCUGAAGCACUAGGGACUUGUACUCAUUUAAAGAAGCUUGAUUUGCGUGACAACAUGUUUGGUGUAGAAGCUGGACUUGCUUUAAGUAAAGCUAUAUCUGUCUUUGCAGAUCUUACUGAGGUUUAUUUAAGUUACCUCAACUUGGAGGAUGACGGGGCAGAAUCCCUUGCCAAUUCUCUCAAGGAUUCUGCGCCAUCACUUGAAGUUCUGGAUAUGGCUGGAAAUGACAUUACUGCCAAAGCUGCUGCUUCUUUAGCAGCCUGUAUAGCAGCAAAACAAUUUCUCGCCAAGUUGAACUUAUCUGAGAAUGAACUGAAGGAUGAGGGUGCAAUUCUGAUCAGCCAGGCAUUGGAAGUGGGCCAUGUCCAACUAAAUGAAGUUGAUCUCAGUGCAAAUUCAAUUAGAAGGGCUGGGGCAAGGCUCUUGGCACAGGCUGUUGUGCACAAACCUGGAUUUAAGUUACUAAAUAUCAACUCUAAUUUCAUAUCUGAUGAAGGGAUUGAUGAUGUUAAGGAUAUAUUUAAGAAUUCCCCUAAUAUGCUUGGGCCCUUGGAUGAGAAUGACCCUGAAGGAGAAGAUCUUGAUGAGGAGGCUGAAGAGGAUGGUGCUGAUAAUGAGGAUGAAUUGGAAUCAAAACUCAAGAACCUUGAAAUCAAGCGAAAUGAAUAGAGUUUCUUGCUCUAUCACAGUAGCCUUGGGUGGAUUUGCUUAUCGAAACCUGAUUUUCAGCUAUAUGUUUCUGUAUUAGCUAGUCCAGCUGCAUCUAGUUGAGUGUAAUAGGUCUAUCUGUGUUAGGUUAGGUUGGAGACCUCCAUACUUUAAGAAACCCCCCUAGCUUAGAGUUAGUUUUCAAUAUUGCUGAUUGAAAUUGGAUCUUUGUGGGCAGUAUGUUAUGUUUAGUAGGAGGUAUACAGUAAUUUUCUUUUCGGGAUGUUUAUGUUCAGUGUUAAUGCAAUUUGUCUUUACAAAUC